AUGCCUCCUACGUGGGGAUCCAUUGGAAGUAAGCAUAGGAAAUUGAGGACGUGCGACCCCAAUCUUCCGCAUUCCAUUCCCCUCCCCCUCCACCACCCUUCCCAUCUCUUUCCCACCCUCCCGAACCCCGCUUUAUCCCCUUCUCAACCCUCCCCCACCCCUCCCCACCGCUCCCCACUCCUCUCUAGGUUCACCCGCGUUCAAUCCAAAAGCCCGGCCCUUCCUCCCCUUUACCCUGGCCCGCGCACAUGCUGCACAACCGAGCCCACGUGGAUCUAUCCCCUUCCCCACCCUUCCCAACCCUCCCCACCCUUCAGCACCACUCCCCACCCCUCUCCAGCGCACUUGCUGCACAACCUCGCCCACGUGGAACUGAAUGCCAUUUCUUACCUUCUUCCACCCCUCCCCACCGUGCACCCGCGGGCAAUCCCCAAGCCCGGCCCUGCCUCCCCCUUACCCUGGCCCGCACACAUGCUGCACAAUCUAGCCCACGUGGAAUUGAACGCCAUUGACCUGGCAUGGGACACCGUUGUCAGAUUCUCUGCUCUAGGGGCGGAGGGUGAGGAGGAGGGGGAGAGGGUGUGGAGUGGAGGGAGUGGGAGGGAUGAGGAGGAGGAGGAGGAGGGGCGAAGGGAGAGUUUGGAGCAAAAGUGGAAGCUUCCGCGUCAGUUCUUUUUGGACUUUGUACACGUGGCAGAUGAUGAGAGCAGACACCUGGCGUGGUGCCUGCAGCGACUGGAAGAGAUGGGGCACAGGUGGGAUGCGGUGCAGUGCAGGUGGGGUGCGGUGCUGGUGGGUGGGAUGUGGGACGCACAUGGUGCAGGAUGCAUAUGGCUAGUUGUUCGCCGCUCCUAUAUGCCAUGUUGCCCCACUCUCACCCCAUGUUGUCCCUACCGUUACCCACUUCUUUCCAUCUCUCCCCCAACACAUUUUUCUCCCAUCUCUCCCCCCCAUCUCUCCCCCCAUCUCUCCCCCCAUCUCUCCCCCCAUCUCUCCCCCCCAUCUCUCCCCCCCAUCUCUCCCCCCAUCUCUCCCCCCAUCUCUCCCCCGCAUCUCUCACCCCAUCUCUCCCCCCCAUCUCUCCCCCCCAUCUCUCCCCCCCAUCUCUCCCCCCCAUCUCUCCCCCCCAUCUCUUCCCCCCAUCUCUCCCCCCCAUCUCUCCCCCCCAUCUCUCCCCCCCAUCUCUCCCCCCCGUCUCUCCCCCCCGUCUCUCCCCCCCGUCUCUCCCCCCCGUCUCUCCCCCCCGUCUCUCCCGCCCAUCUCUCCCCCCCCGUCUCUCCCCCCCGUCUCUCCCCCCCGUCCCUCCCCCCCGUCUCUCCCCCCCGUCUCUCCCCCCCAUCUCUCCCCCCCGUCUCUCCCCCCAUCUCUCCCCCCCAUCUCUCCCCCCCAUCUCUCUCCCCCAACUCCCCCACCUGCAGCUACGGGGACAUGCCAGCUCACAACCUGCUCUGGAGGGACUGCGAGAAGUCGGCCAAUCAUGUGCAAGACAGGCUGGCAGUCAUUCCCAUGGUGCAGGAAGCGAGAGGGCUGGACGCGGGGCCGCGGCUGGUGGAGCGGCUGGUAGGGCUGGGCGAUAACAGGAGUGCAGCAGUAGUGGCGAAGAUAGCACAGGAGGAGGUGGCACACGUGGCAGUCGGGGUGGUGUGGUUUGUCUGGGUCUGCGAGCGCAUGGGCGUGGACCCACUGACUUCCUUCACAAGGCCGUUCAACCAUGCAGCUUGUGCUACUGCUGCCUGCCCCAGCGGUCCAUACCAUAUGCCUGAUUGUGCGCAUUCUGAUCUGAGACUUGGCCGUUCAACCAUGCAGCUCGUGCCACUGCUGGCCUGCCACAGCGGUCCAUACCCUAUACCUGGUGUCAUUCGCUCGCUGUGUGCCGAUGGGGUGAAGGGCCGUUCAACCAUGCCGCUCGUGCUGCUGCUGGCCUGCCACGCCACUGCUACGACCCCCAACCACCCGCCACUGCUACGACCCCCAACCACCCGCCACUGCUACGACCCCCAACCACCCGCCACUGCUACGACCCCCAACCACCCGCCACUGCUACGACCCCCAACCACCCGCCACUGCUUCCCCACCAACCUCUCUCGAACCCUCUCCAUUCCUCCCUUUCUCUGCGCAGGUGUGAUCCGAUUGCUGUGUGCGGAUGGGGUGAAAGGGCCGUUCAACCAUGCAGCUCGUGCCACUGCUGGGCUGCCACGCCACUGGUACGACCCCCAACCACCCGCCACUGCUGCCCCGCUCGAUACAGUCACAUCUGGCUCUGCCACUGACACACCUGCUUCGGUCACACUUGCUGCAGUCACACCUGCCGCAGUCACAUCAGCUCAUGGCACUUCAGUGGGUUCAUGUGGUGAAGGGGCAAAGGAGGGAACUGGAGUGAUGGUGGAAAAAUGGCGCUCAGGGCAGCAAGAAGUGGGCAAAAAAUGGAGAAAGCUGAUGAGCGGGCAGGUGAACCGGGCUGCCCGGGAAAAGAUGCAGGAUCAGCUGCAGAGGAAGGCAGCGCGCAUCGAGGCCCACAUCCAACGGACCUGA